AUGACUCGAGCCGGUUUAGUUUCGAUGAUUUAUCACCAAACCAGUAUCCUGAAGUCCGGUAGCAUAAAAGACCAAGAGGCCAUUACACUCCAGGGAACUGAUGUUGAGCAACCAUUCCAGUUUCGACCCGGUCGGCAAAUGCUUUCUGAAGCAUGGGUGGAACGGGUUGAGAAGCGUAUUUCAAUCACCUCUACCAUCCUUGGCGAUCUGAAAGCAAUAAAGAUGCUAGGUCUGGAGCAAGUUCUCACUUCACUUAUAACCGGGCUUCGACAGAUAGAAUUGAACACCUCUGCUCGCUUUCAAAAGUUGAUCUUUGCACAGGUCGUCAUCUCCAAUGUUCCUCUCAACUUCGCGCCAUUCGCAACCUUCGUUGUUUAUGCAAUCAUAGCAGUUGUCAGAAAGGAUGAAACACUUCUGGCUUCAAGAGCUUUCACCGCUCUAUCAUUAAUGUCUAUUUUUACAGGCCCCCUACUCGUGUUUCUUCAGUCUGGUCCCACCUUAAUGCAAUCACUGGGUUGCUUUACAAGAAUUGAGGUGUAUUGUUCGAAAUCACCCGCGACAUCCAGUGGUUCUUUGAGCACAGUUACCUUGCCCCUUCCUCAACCGGGAGAUAUGGAGUUGGACCCUUUCUCUGCACCUAAAAAGUCCAAUGCUGCCCUUGUGUCAUUCAAGAAUGCAGAUAUUGCAUGGUCUUCUGAUACAGACAUUGUAUUGCACAGACUCAAUCUUGAUAUAUUCGAGUCUAUCACCAUGAUCACCGGACCUGUUGGCUCCGGAAAGUCAACCCUUCUUGAGAGCGUUCUUGGGGAAGCCAACUUGCGCAAUGGUAAAGUUACCACAGGGCCUUUCUUGAGAUGCGUGGCAUAUUGCUCUCAGAAGCCAUGGAUUAUCAACAAUACAAUUCGGUCUAAUAUUAUUGGUGGUUCGGAGUUCAAUCCGGAAUGGUACAAGUACACAAUAUGGGCCUGUGCUCUUGAAGAGGAUUUGAAAACCAUACCUUUAGGGGAUAUGUGUAAAUCUGAAAGUAAUGGUGUAUCUUUGAGUGGCGGACAGAAACAAAGAGUUGCUCUUGCGCGCGCUAUAUAUUCGAAACUACCAGUACUGAUUCUCGAUGACGCAUUCAGUGGACUGGACCUGAACACAGUUGCACUCCUAUCCGAUCGUCUCUUCGCCAAAGACGGCUUUCUUCGCAGAAAUGGGAUAUCAGUAAUUCUGGUCACACAUACUCAACAGCUCCUUCCACUGGCCGACAGAGUCAUUGCUCUAAAUGAGGGCGUUGUUAUCAGUGACGGUCCCUUCAACGAAGCCCUUGCUAAAUCCACCGGAACAAGCAUAAAACAUAGCAUAAAACAUAGCAUAGAAAUCGAUACGCACUCUACAUCAUCAAGCACGGACGAUAUGAAAAGCGAAGCAAAUAGUACCGAACAACUGUCGACAGUCGUGUACAGAAAGAGUAAAAGCGAGGAAAUAGGCGAACAAGACGUAUCACGACGUGACGGAACUUGGAGGGUCUAUGAGUAUUAUAUCAAAACCCCGGGAUAUAAAACUGCAGCGUUUUUUGUUUUCGCAGUUCUGAUAGCCGGUUUCUUCAGCAACUUUGCAAUUUUAUGGCUUGAAUGGUGGUCCAAUGCAAAUGCAAAGCAGCCGAAUGGAAGGCUAGGCUUUUAUCUCGGAGUAUAUGCAGUCAUAUUUGCCCUCAACCUUACAGGCCUCGCAGUCGCAUGUUGGUUAUUCUUCAUCAAUAUAAUCAACAAAACCGCGCUCGGAAUGCAUUCUGAUCUUCUAAAGGCAACUCUCAGGUCUUGGUCUUACAACUAUAAGGCCUUCUCCCUGCUUGAGCAGUUUUUCCCUAACUUACGCUGCGGUCUCAGAGACACCGGAUUAAUACACGUCAGUAACCCAAUAUCAGCAGCUAAAAAGUAUCCUCAAAUGUUGCUGUUACCGCAGUCCAGGGAAUCUCGUCACUUGCCCGCCCUCCCGGUUUUCUUUCUAUGUCCCCUUGACGAUAGCAAAAUAAGCGAGAUCUGCAAGCGAAUAUGCUCGGAGGACGAAACAUGGACAGAUCGACCGGACGGCGAAGUAAAGCCUGUAGUACCAGUGCCCUGGAUACACAACCAGAUCCCGCCGUUGUCCGCCAUUUUCGACAUUGGGGGGACGAUUUUUAUUGACGAGCAAUCAGCGAAUGAAGGCACCGCGAUUGUGGCAAAGAGCCCUUCGAAAGUAGCUCGUGUACCGCUAAAUCGUGUAAACUUGGUGACGCAAGCCCUGCAGGGGCGAUCGAGGCCCUUUGACAAGCUAGUGACAGAGAUCAUCAGCGUCGAAGAGCAACAGGGCGACAUCACCGAAGCAAAGAAAUUAGAAAGCACUGAGCAAUCAUACACGUUGCCCGAUCAUCUGCCAAAGGAUAUAAAGUUGGAUCAGUCGACUCUGACAUUGAUCUCUCUUGUUCAUCUGUCCGAGGAUGACAUAACCGGCAUCAAAACUAGCAUUGGAACAUCGACGGGUCUGUCUGGUAUCGUCAUUUAUAAUUGGCCGGAAAGUGAGAGUCCAUGUUCACGAGCAGACAUGUAUCGCUUAUUCUCCCAGCUCAAGCCGAACAUACACCCAGACUGUGACGAGACGUUUGUGCUUUUUAUUGACCAAAACCCGGCUGAACUAGAAUGCUAUCACAUUCUCCGCGCCCACAAGUGGACUCGCGAAAGAAACCAGAGCGGUGAAUAUGAGGACUUUGACACCAAUGUUAUCAACAUCCGCGCGUUGAAGGAUGUCCAGCAUGCCGUCAAUUUCUGGCACAUGAUGUGGAAUCCCUUUGAAAAUGGUGGGAAGGGCAUACGUCAGAGCGAUUCAAGAGUUAACAGUGCAUUAUUUAACAUUGGCUCGAAUAGCUUGUAUGGGGGUUACUCGGAAAUGGUAGCAAACCCUGACAAGCUUGUCAUUACUGCAGAUAUCGCCAUAUUUGUUUUAGCACCCAUGACGGAAACCGACCUCCGGAUAAUUCGCUCGUAUAUUAUGAAAGACGUUGAGGAUGAGUUCUGUAUAUAUGAUGUCUCGAAGAAACUCAAGUCCCCAAAUAUGGAAGGGCUUAUUGGACUCUUCAGCACAGAAGAAUUUGUGACCAACGACCAACACCUACCUAGCUUCUUUAUUGCAGUCGACACACAAACUCUAGACAUUGCUCGAUCGGUAAUGAGCCAGGCGCAUUCAACCAAAGUGAGAAGAGUCGACGACUCAGAGGCUUUGGUGGUAGCAUCUAACCGAGAAAUAUCUCUUGGCUUCAUGGACGAUAUGGACAAUGUCUAUGCAGAAGUCAACCUCGGCUAUGCUUAUGCUAGGCAGUCUCCUGAGGAUGCCUUCUCGACAUGUGUCAAUUUAUCAGUGGCGAAUAUGGACUUCUUCGAAUGCGCAAAUAUAGAGCACUGGGUGACCUGGAGUUGCUGUGAUAAAUGGCUGGAGAACAAUCCAGUCAUUGAUGAAAUAGAAGAAUUCGGGCCUUAUAUUCCAUGGUCCUUGGUAUAUUACCCUGGUGAAGAUGAUGCGAGGAGAUUACAAUUGUGA